AUCAAGACAAAAUUUGAAGUUAACGCUGAUCAUUUCGGCAAUAACCGCCAGAAGUUCGGUCACAUUACCAACCGUCUGGCUGGCAAGGCGGCCCAGGCCCUACUCCCCUACCUGGACUCGGACCAUCCUGACCGCCUUACUACUUCUGACGAUCUGUUGAAAUACCUGUGGGAGGAAUACCACGACCACAGUGCCUACGAGAAAGCUCUCGCAGAGUUCAACGACUUGGAAAUGAAAUACGGUGAGCGCUUUCAAAUUUUCAAGAACACCUUUCAGCGUUUGGCUGGCCAGUGCCGCCGCCCCCGCGACCAGUGGAAGAGCGACCUUCGUCGCAAGAUCACUAAGGAGCUCCGUCAAGCG